AUGGCGACCAAACAGACUCUGCAAUCCAAGCACAAACUGCUAUCGGGCCAUGAAAUCCCGGUCAUUGGAUUUGGGGUGAGUAGCCUAAACCACACUCCUGAAACCAAAGGUCCCUCGAUAACUCCAGGUGUAUAUGAUGUGUGUAUCGACCGCGUCACCUAUAUAUAUACUCAGCUAACCAGACAUAGUGCCCCAGGCACAACGGAGAAAGCAGCUCAAGAAGCCCUCAAGGUCGGGUUCCGCCAUAUCGACUCAGCGAUCAUGUACGGAAACGAGAAGGGCUGCGGCCAUGCGAUCCGGAACUCGGGCCUCGACCGUUCCGAGAUCUUUCUGACUACCAAGAUUCCCCCGGGAUCAAUGGGCUACAAGGCAACGGAACGAGCUAUCGACAAGAGUCUACAGGAAGCGGGUACAGAGUACUUUGAUCUCAUUCUACUCCAUGCACCCUAUGGCGGCAAAGAAGCCCGACUAGGUUCCUGGCGUGCCUUAGUCGAGGCGCAGAAAGCAGGCAAAAUCCGAUCUAUCGGUGUAUCUAACUACGGCAUCCACCACCUCGAAGAGCUGGAGGAGUAUAUCCAGAAUGGCGGGGGCGGCGAAAUUAGCGUCGGGCAGUGGGAGCUGCACCCAUGGCUGGACCAUUCUGAUAUUGCAGAGUGGUGUCAGAGCCGCAACAUUAUAGUAGAAGCGUACUCCCCCCUUGCGCAUGGGGAGAGGCUGCGGGAGCCUGUGUUGGCAAGUAUCGGGAAGAAGUAUGGGAAGUCGCCGGCUCAGGUCAUGAUCCGGUGGAGUUUGCAAAUGGGAUUCGUGCCUUUGCCGAAGUCGAAGACGCCGCAGCGGAUCCGUGAGAAUGCGGAUGUGUUCGACUUUGAGCUCUCAGAUGAGGAUAUGGGGCUGCUUGAUACGGGUGAAUAUUCGCCGACUGACUGGGAUCCGACCGUGGAUAAAGAUUGA